UAUUAUUUUUUAAAGAAUGAUAUGUAAACAAAGAAAUGUAUAUCAUAUUAGUAAAAAGAUCUUAACAAAUUAAUGUCAGUACUUAGGAAAAUAUUAUAAAUUAAAAAAAUAAAUUAUAAACAAAUUUUUAAUCAUAUUAUACGUACGUCUAUGAUCCAAGAACUAUGAGGGAACGAGAGCGAUAUAAAGAAAGUAAACGUGAUCGAUCUAAAGAAAGAAACCGAGAUCGAUCAAAAGAAAGAAACCGGGAUCGAUCUAAAGAAAGAACCAGAGAUCGUUCCACUAGUGUUACUAAAACUCGUAGAGGUCGAUCUCGUAGUAAUUCACCUCGUUCAAGGCGUGAAAUUGGUGAUCAUUCCAGAAGUCUUUCUAGAUCACGUAGGGGUCGUUCCAGAAGUAUUUCUCCACGUUCUAGACGUGAUAUUAGAAAGAGAAGUCGUUCUCACCAAAGAUCUAGAUCACCCAUGAGGCGUCACUCAAGAGAUCGACGUCGAUCAAGAAACCGUGAUUUACGAAGAUCAAGAUCUAGAUCUCUUAAAAAAGAUAAAAAAUCUAACAGUCGAUCUGUUCAACAGUCAGCUCCUAAAGUUACAGAGGAGGAUUUACGAGGAAAAACUAUGGAAGAACAAGAAAUGAUGAAAAUGAUGGGAUUUUGUACAUUUGAUUCAACUAAUGGUAAGGCAGUUGAAGGUAAUAAUAUUGGUGAUGUUCAUGUAAUCCUAAAAAGAAAGUAUCGUCAAUAUAUGAAUCGUAAAGGUGGAUUUAAUAGACCAUUAGAUUUUGUAGCUUAAAGUUAAAUGUUCUUUUAUAACUUUUAUUGGUAACAGAUAAAUUCAUUGAAAUUGUAAAUUUAUUAAAUUAUUCUUAUUUGAUAUUUUAUGAUUUUCUUUGUAUAAAUAACAUAAAACAAUAUUAAUUGC